UAAAGCCAGUAGGCUUGUUUGCGUGGAGAGUUGCCUAGGGAAACAGAACACUUGAGAGCCUCCUCUUUGCCCUCUCCAGCCUCCUCUUUGGUGCUGAAGUCACAACCACCAGAAGUCCUCUUUCCCCCACUCCUCCCUCUCUCCUUCCGCGCGGGGAGCCCAGAGCGCAGAGGGCUGAGAAUGAGGCGGUAGUGGAGGAAGCAGAAAUGGCCUCGGACCCCUGGAAAAUGAGGCCGAUGCCCCUACUGCAGCUGGCUCUGCUUCUCGGCCUGCCCAGGAGCUUAGGGGGGAAAGGGUGUGCUUCUCCGCCCUGUGAGUGCCACCAGGAGGACAACUUCAGAGUCACCUGCAAGGAUAUCCAUCGCAUCCCAGUCCUACCGCCCGGGACACAGACUCUGAAGUUUACAGAGACUCAUCUGAAAACCAUUCCCAGUCAUGCAUUUUCAAAUCUGCCUAAUAUUUCCAGGAUCUACUUAUCCAUAGAUACAACUCUGCAGAGGCUGGAAUCACAUUCAUUCUACAAUUUGAGUAAAUUGACGCACAUAGAGAUUCGGAAUACAAGAAGCUUAACGUACAUAGACCCUGGUGCCCUAAAAGAGCUGCCUCUUCUGAAGUUCCUUGGCAUUUUCAACACUGGACUUAAAAUAUUCCCUGACCUGACCAAAGUUUAUUCCAUGGAUGUAUUCUUUAUACUGGAAAUUACAGACAACCCCUACAUGACUUCCAUCCCUGCCAAUGCUUUCCAGGGACUGUGCAAUGAAACCUUGACGCUGAAACUAUACAACAAUGGCUUUACUUCAAUCCAAGGACAUGCUUUCAAUGGGUCAAAGCUGGAUGCUGUUUACCUGAACAAAAAUAAAUAUCUGUCAGUUAUUGACAAAGAUGCAUUUGGAGGAGCAUACAGUGGACCAACCCUGCUGGACGUCUCUUAUACCAGUGUUACUGCCCUGCCUUCCAAAGGCCUGGAGCACCUCAAGGAACUGAUAGCAAGAAACACUUGGACUCUAAAGAAACUUCCAAUUUCCUUGAGUUUCCUCCACCUCACACGGGCUGACCUUUCUUAUCCAAGCCACUGCUGUGCUUUUAAUAAUCAGAAGAAAAUCAGAGGAAUCCUUGACUCCUUAAUGUGUAAUGAGAGCAGUAUUCAGAGCCUGCGUCAGAGAAGAUCUGUUAAUGCUUUGAAUGGCCCCUUUUAUCAGGAAUAUGAAGAAGAUCCAGGUGACCACAGUGCUGGCUACAGGGAAAACAAGUUCCAGAAUUCCCACUCUCAUUAUUAUGUCUUCUUUGAAGAGCAAGAAGAUGAGAUCAUUGGGUUUGGCCAGAAGCUCAAAAACCCACAGGAAGAGACCCUACAGGCCUUUGAUAACCAUUAUGACUACAUAGUGUGUGGGGGCAAUGAAUACAUGGUGUGUACCCCCAAGUCAGAUGAGUUCAACCCCUGUGAAGACAUAAUGGGCUACAAAUUCCUGAGAAUCGUGGUGUGGUUUGUUAGUCUGCUGGCUCUCUUGGGCAAUGUCUUCGUCCUGGUCAUCCUCCUCACCAGCCACUACAAACUGACCGUCCCGCGCUUUCUCAUGUGCAACUUGGCCUUUGCAGAUUUCUGCAUGGGGAUGUAUCUACUCCUCAUUGCCUCCGUAGACCUCUACACUCAAUCUGAGUACUACAACCACGCCAUCGACUGGCAGACAGGCCCCGGCUGCAACACGGCUGGUUUCUUCACCGUCUUUGCUAGUGAGUUGUCAGUGUAUACACUGACAGUCAUCACCCUGGAGCGCUGGUAUGCCAUCACCUUCGCCAUGCGCCUGGACCGGAAAAUCCGCCUCAGGCAUGCAUAUGCCAUCAUGGUUGGGGGCUGGGUUUGCUGCUUCCUGCUGGCCCUGCUCCCUUUGGUGGGAAUAAGCAGCUAUGCCAAAGUCAGCAUCUGCCUGCCCAUGGACACCGAGACCCCUCUUGCCCUGGCAUACAUUAUCCUUGUCCUGCUGCUCAACAUAGUUGCCUUUAUCAUCGUUUGCUUCUGUUACGUGAAGAUCUACAUCACAGUCCGAAAUCCCCAGUACAACCCAGGGGACAAAGACACCAAAAUUGCCAAAAGGAUGGCUGUCUUGAUCUUCACUGACUUUAUGUGCAUGGCCCCCAUCUCAUUUUAUGCUCUGUCAGCUCUUAUGAACAAGCCUCUUAUCACGGUUACCAACUCCAAAAUCUUACUGGUUCUCUUUUAUCCACUUAACUCCUGUGCCAAUCCAUUCCUCUACGCUAUUUUCACCAAGACCUUCCAGCGGGACGUAUUUAUCCUACUCAGUAAGUUUGGCAUCUGUAAACGCCAGGCUCAGGCAUACCGGGGCCAGAGGGUUUCUCCAAAGAACAGGACUGAUAUUCAGGUCCAAAAGGGCACCCAAGACACGAGGCAAAGUCUCCCCAACAUACAGGAGGACUAUGAACUGCUUGAAAAGUCUCAUCUCACCCCAAAUAAGCAGGGCCAAAUCUCAAAAGAAUAUAAGCAAACAGUUUUGUAAGCUGACCCUAUACUACUCACAGUGUUAAGGGGACUUAUAAAACGGCUGGUUUCUUGAACAUGAAUUCUUGACACACACAAGCCAGCUUACCUAGCUAUUGUGCAGGUGACAUUUCAUGGGGCAAGAGUUCAUCUCCUGAGAGGAGCUAGCAUUAAACUAAUCAUCCCUCCCCCACCCC